CAGGACAAGAGUAAAUUCUCCUAAGAGCACCAGUUUCCGCCUCUUAUGGAAUACGAAGGUUAGUUAACUGCAGGCUACAUAUCUGGAUUCUUAUGUGCUGACAUUGAAGCAAAGAAACUACCGUUUGUUGCGUUUACUUUUUGUUGGAUAAAAAAGGAUCAUCAUCAUGGUGACAGCAAAGCGUCUGGCUGAUAUCAGUUACCGCGCUUUUUCUACCUCAAUGAUGCUGCUGACGGCAUACGGAGGCUACCUGUGUGUGAUGCGAGGACACCGGUACUGGGUGAAGCAGAAACAGCUGAAACUGGCUGCAGAGAACCAGGACCCUGAAAUCAUCAAAGACUGACGUCGCCUGGACUGCACUGUUACUCCUACUGGACGUUUCCCAUUCCUCUAAUCCAUCUUAAUGGUGAAGAGAAGGAUUCCUCCCCGAAUGUUUAUCUAUUCCCACACAGAUUUUGUUUUUCUUUCGUUGUAUAAAAUUUAACCAAACAAUGGUAGAGAAUAUAUUUGGCCUUUGUCACAUCUGCAGAACACAAUUUCAAGUUUGUAUUGUAUAAAAAUGCCUUAAAUAAAAGUGUGACAAUUUAUCACAGUUCUGCAUUAAAAGAGACAUCAUCAAACAACAGAAUAUA